AUGUCGUUUGUGGAAAAUCAUUUCAAAAAUCAAGAGAGAAAGCUUUUCUUUAUAACAGAAAUAGGAAAGUCCCAGAACCAGGACUUACAAAUAUUAUGUCCCCUCUUCUUAUUCUGUUAUGUUGCCCUGUUGGCAGGAAAUCUUCUGUUCCUUGUCUCCAUUUGAUGCAGCCCUCUUUUUCACCAACCCAUGUACUAUUUCCUCAGCCACUUAUCCUCUAUGGAUAUCUGCUAUACCUCUACUGUCACACCAAAAUUCAUUGGUGACCUACUAGGGGAGACAAAAUCCAUCUCCUAUAGUAAUUACAUGUUACAACUAUUUGCCAUGCACUUCUUUGGGAGUAUCGAGGUCUUUAUUCUCAUAGUCAUGGCCUUUGGUUGCUACAUUGCCAUCUGCAAACCUCUCCACUAUGUGAUUAUCAUGGACAGGACAAGGUGCCAUCUCCUAGUCUUGGUUUCUUGGGCUGGUGGGGCUCUCCAUUCUUUUCCUCAAUUAUUGAUGGCAAUCCAAUUGCCCUUUUGUGGUCCUAAUGAAAUUAAUCACUACUUUUGUGAUAUCUUCCCUCUGCUGAGAGUUGUGUGCACUGAAACUUACAUCACUGGGAUCCUUGUGGUUGCCAAUUCAGGUAUGGUCACCUUAGUUACCUUUGUUGUCUUAUUUGUUUCUUAUGUCAUUAUUUUAUUUAGUCUAAGACAUCACUCAGCUGAGGGAAGACGCAAAGCCCUCUCCACCUGUGGGUCUCAUAUCACUGUGGUCAGCUUAUUUUUUGGGCCUUUAAUCUUUGUCUACCUUCGACCUCCAACCACUUUCCCUGAGGACAAAAUAUUUGCUCUAUUUUAUACCAUCUUUGCUCCUAUGUUCAAUCCCUUAAUCUAUAUGCUGAGAAAUGCAGAGAUGAAAAGUGUCAUGAGAAAAGUUUGGUGUCAAACAUUUUUUUCAAAUAAUAAGAAUAGUGAAGAAACGUAUAACUAA